AUGCCAGAAUGGCAAGUAUGGCAGAAACAGAUUCCCGCCUCGAUUUGGCAGCGGCAGAACUUGUCAACGGCACCGACGCCCGAGCAAGAACGUCAUGUAGUGCGCCAAAUUCAGAAAAGUCUGUCGCAGAAAUGGAGGCAUCUUAUAUCGUUGUACAAGUGCUCGCCCAUGAAAACCACAUUGACAUCGCUGGCCAUUCAUGUUCCGCUUUUUGUUGUGGUCUCUCUGUUACUGCGCCAAGGCGCCAUUCUGCCGGAUACACCCCUGGUACAAGAACUUGUUCCAUGGUGGUCGCCCAAUGAAGAGUUUGCUGCGCAAUCCGCUGCUACUCGUCAAGUUCUUAUGGACAAGGGAUUGGAUCCCAGCCUGGCAGAUCGCCUGACAAAGAUUGGUGGGCCAACAUUAGCCGAUCGCGACCCGACAUUCAUUAUGCCAUUGACUUGUGGCUCAAUCAACAUGAUCAAUGUGGAAUUGUCCACCUGGACAAGACUGCGUAGGCGAGCGAUGGAGGCCGCUAUGGGGCUCGCGCCUGGCCAAAACGAUGUGGAAGAGCCGCCUCGCGCUCGCAUUCUCUCGAAUAUGAUGCGUGUCGGUGCAAUUGCUUCGAUUCCUAUUGCGGCACAAAUGCCGUCCGUACUUCUUGUGUACUGGUGCACAUCCUCGUUGGUCACGCUCGUCCAAAAUGUGUACUUUGCACGCAUCGAUGCCAACGCGUAA